AUGAAGUUACAAUUUCUCAUUCCUUCUUCAUUUCUCCUUUCAUACGUCUCCGCACAUACGAUAUUCACGCAAUUGGAAUCAGGGGGCACACUUUACAAUACCAGCUAUGCUAUUCGAGAUCCAACAUAUGACGGCCCAAUAACCGACGUAACAACCCAAUAUGUCGCCUGCAACGGCGGUCCCAACCCUACCACACCCUCCUCAAACAUAAUCAAUGUAGUCGCCGGCAGCACAGUGAAGGCCAUCUGGCGUCACACACUAACCAGCACACCCUCUAACGACGCAACCUAUGUUCUCGAUCCCUCUCACCUAGGUCCCGUAAUGGCCUACAUGAAAAAAGUAGACGACGCAACCACUGACGUCGGUUACGGACCCGGCUGGUUCAAGAUCUCCGAACAAGGUCUCAAUGUCGCAACACAAGGAUGGGCCACCACAGAUUUAAUCAACAAUGCAGGCGUCCAAAGUAUUACCAUUCCCAGCUGUAUAGCCAAUGGUCAAUAUCUUCUCCGCGCCGAAUUAAUCGCUCUCCACGCAGCAAGCGGAUUGCAAGGCGCCCAACUCUACAUGGAAUGUGCACAGAUCAAUGUCUCAGGUGGCACGGGUACCUCUUCUCCAUCUACAGUAUCUUUCCCAGGAGCUUAUGCCCAGAAUGAUCCUGGUAUUUUGAUUAAUAUUUAUCAAACUUUAUCUUCGUAUCCAAUACCAGGUCCUACACCUUUUGUGUGUGGCGCAGCGCAGAGUACCGCGAAGAGUAGUACGAGUACGAGUUUGAGUAGUACGGCCAAAGCGACAUCGACGACGUUGGUAACUAGUACGAAGUCGAGUAGUAGUGUGUUGGCGACCGGAACGGCGGUCGCGGCGAUUUAUGCUCAGUGUGGUGGGCAGGGUUGGAAUGGGGCGACGACUUGUGCGGCGGGGAGUAAAUGUGUUGUUAGUAGUGCUUAUUAUAGUCAAUGUUUGCCAUGA